AUGCCGUUCUUCCUCAGAAGACAAUACACAGAGUUAGAGAAGCUUGUGAAAAGUUCAAACAGUGAUAUCACAACACUUCUUCCCGUGUUGGAUAACACUGAGAAGUCAAUUUCCAUCAUGGACUCCAUCAUUAAGUUAAGUCACAAAAAGCUUAAAGAGACACAAAGAAGCACUUACUUAGUGUUACUUUACAAAAUGUUAUUGCGUCGUAAUGGAAAUCAACUUGCAAGUGAACUUACAGAGAAAAGCGUUGAUUUCUCACACUUUGAAAUGCCGCACUCGUUCAACACUGAACUCCAAAUGUUCGGGAAAUUUCUGAAUACUAAAAUUGCAUAUAUGGCGGACAAUCAAUUAUCUCUAGAAAAUGUCAGAGACAACGUCUACUCAUUUGAAAAGCUCAUCAAAAUAUUUAGAAGUCAACUAGAGAGCCUUAAUUUAAUUAUUAGAGCCGGUAUAUAUCAAGACUUCUGGGAAAACACAGUCAACUUACUGCCACGCAAGAUCCUGUUCUUUGAAGCAAACACCUCUGCAGUCUUUUUAUAUCAAAUCUGUUUGGCUUUGGGGAACAUGACACAAACAAUGACCACACAACAAGCACUCCAAUAUAUAAAAGCACUCGACGACUUCGAGUUGACUAAAACUAAGUAUCUCAAAUUGAUGAAUGAAAAGAAAAUUAAUGGAACAUUCGGAACCUUCCCAAGACAAGGUUUUAACCCCGUGAUACCUUAUACUUCUCUUAUAAAGAAUUAUAUAGAAAAAAGUAAAAGAGUCUUAAAUGGAGAAAAUCAGUACGAAGACCUCGUCGACUCACUCAAAGAAGAAAUAGAAAAGUACUUUAAAACAAUUAGUGAAAACUACAUUGAAAACACUAUGAAAGUUGAGACUUUUUUAAAACGGAAUUUUAGUGAAUACUUUUUUGCUGUGACGCCACGCAAAGAAGAGAGAAAAGGGGAUUUAUUUGUUGAUUAA